CAGCACCAUGGGCUGGGAGCUCGGCUCUGGCACCAGUGCCGCCCAUUCGAUCGCUUCCUUUGAUAGAAAAAUCGGAAUCGUAAAAUUGAGGAGAGUGGAGGAACUGUUGUGUUUCCUUUGCUUGUAGAAUUACGAGAAAUGACGAUGCGCAGGGGUUGGUGAAACCACACAAUAACUUUCACAUGCUCCUUUCUCCAAAAAGGCGGAAGCAGACUGAGCUCACUGCCCUGGCACUGUGGGGCUGCUCACGUUCAGAAAACUCCCGAACACACAGGGAGGAUCGGUACAAGAAGGGACAUUCCCAAUCCCGCUUCAGACCGCACCCAAUUGGCAGGGGAAUGGUCUCACUUUAAAAUCUCUCCACCUCGGCGCCCGCAGCAAUGGGGAAAGUGACGAGUUUUACAAUACUCUACGACCGCGCCGUGGACAACAACAUCCCGACCUACAGCUGCGGGGAAUGGGUCUCUGGGCGGAUCAUUGUCGAGGUCAACGCUGAGAUCGAGGUGAAAGCUCUUAAAAUUCACGCCAAAGGACAGGCGUAUGUUCACUGGACUGAGACCGACUCGGACUCGGAGACUCGGUCCUAUAGUAAGACCAUCAGAUACUUCAAGCACAAGGACUUGCUAAUAGGAAUAGAUGAUUCUGAACAACUUACAGUUCUACCUCCAGGCAGACAUGAAUAUCCAUUCAGCCUUGUGCUUCCACAUUCACCACCACUUCCUGCCACCUUCAAAGGUCCUCAUGGCAACGUGAGCUAUUGGAUGACAGCCAAACUGCACAGACCAUGGAAACUGAGAAUUAAAGUGAAAGAAAUGUUUACAGUACUUGACCAGAUUGACAUUAAUGUGCCAUCAUUGUUGUCACCACAGUCUGCUUCAGAGGAGAAAACUAUUUGUUGCUGCUGUUGUGCCUCAGGCCCAAUAUCCCUAAGUGCCAAAAUUGAACGCAAAGGCUACAUAUCAGGUGAAUCCAUUCGAAUAUUUGCUGAAAUUGAGAAUAACUCUUCCCGCAAAUUGGUUCCAAAGGCAGCCAUUUAUAAGACACAGAUUUUCCGUGCUGAAGGAAAGAAGAAAACGGCUACAGAACUGGUAACCAAAAUAGAGGGUGAGCCACUGUUAGCUGGAAAAUCAGAGAACUGGAAUGGAAUGGAACUGAAAAUUCCAGCAGUGCCUCCUACACUGAUGAACUGCAGCAUUAUCCAAAUGGAGUACUCACUGAUGAUAUAUUUAGAUGUCCCAAGCUCAUUCAACUUAGAUGUUAAAUUACCAAUUGUUAUUGGUACAAUUCCCUUGCAUCCGGUCAACAACCAGGCAACCAACUAUAACACCCAAUAUGGCAUGAACUACAACACCUUCAACAACUUCAGUGACACUCUCCCUGAAGGGCCUGAUGCAGGAAAACCUGGCUUUCUAUUCACCAACGAGAACCCAGGCUUCCAGACACUGGGAAUGAAAAAUUUUCAGGAAUAAUGAAUUGCGGUGUACAUUUGUCCUCUGGGUGAUGGAGGAUUGUGGUGCCAACUUUGGCUUGCUGUUGAGUCCAAAUGCCUUCUCCAAAUGCAUUUAGAAAUGUCAAGAUUAAAACAGCAAACAGAAACCACUGUUUACAUUACUUCUAAGUACAUGCUAAUUUUUAACUUAAUUGUCAUAAAUAAAACAACAUAAAACAUAUUUGCUUGAAUACCAAUUCUGCUGGUGCAUAAUGAACUUUGCUGAAAAUGUGU